ACCAUUCUUUCCAAAAACCCUAAGACCUGAGAGCAUUCGAUUUAUAUCUCUAGUUUUGUGCGAUCAUUCUUUGGUUUUGAAGAGAUAGCUAGCUAUGUCUCAGCCAAACAAUAACAAUGACGAUGAUCAUAAAUACAAGAAAAUCUUCGUUGGAGGUUUAGCAUGGAAAGUAACAACAGAUGUUUUGCGAAAUUUCUUCCAAGCAUAUUGUGGAGAGGUUCUUGAUGCUAAUGUUGUCAACCAGAGAGAGUCUGAUGGAAGCUUAAAAUCAAAAGGCUAUGGUUUUGUUACUUUUAGGGAUGCUGAAUCUGCAACUAGAGCUUGUCAACUUCCGUAUCCGGAAAUCGAGGGAAGACAAACCAACGUCAAUCUGGCUUACCUUAAUAAAAAGAAUAACCAUAACCACUCUAACCAAACCGGUGUACUGCAACAGGCUGGACCAUCGCAUCAAUAUCAACACGGUCCGUUUGAUGAGAUGGCAUGGCAUCAAUAUCAGAAUGGUAUUUCAGGUCCGUUUAAUCAGGCGUGGCAUCAAUAUCAGAAUGGUUGGUUUAAUCAAGUGGCUUGGCAUCAAUAUCCGCAAGUUUAUUCAAAGCCACAUUUUCAUCAAGUCUACUGGGAUCCAUCACAUUUUGGAGCAUAUCGUCACAUGUAUGGCUUUUCACACUAUCCUAGGUCCUCCACUGUGAAUUACCAUCAGACCAAUGGUGUACCACCUGCCGGUGUUUUUCAGCAGCCUGGAGGAGCAACACUUGAAGAGCUCCCUGAUACCAAUCAAGAAGCUGUCUCCACUGCAGAUGAAGUUGUGAGUAAUGACAACAAUGAAGAGAUGGAUACAGAAACAGACAGUGGUGUUCAACAUCCAAAUGGAAAGGAUCAAGAAGAAGAGAUCAGUGGACAAAACAAUGGCAUCAAGCAAGAUGUUAAGGAUGAAGAGGGAAAGAUCGUGAAUGGAGAAGAUGAAAACACUAAGCAGGGUGAGGUUACACUCCAAAUGGAGACAGGCCGUGAAGAAAAAUCUGAAAACACACCACAAGAAAACGGUCUUGAUCAUGAAGAGAAGACACAACAUAUUGAUGAAGCUGGACUGAUGACAAAGAAAGACAAGAAUGCAUGAGUAAGAGAACUGGAUCAUUUUAUCUACUCGACCUUAUGUAGCUAUAUUUACUUAUUGACCAAACGAUUUUAUUUUCAUUUACAAAACAAAAAGUCAGCUUCUUAAUCUUAUUCAUAAACCUUGCAAUUGCUUACUAA